AUGCAUCUAUUCACUUACACCACAACUGCCGUCUUACUGGCUUCUGCGGCGGCACAGUCUCUCGGAGACGUCCUAGCCAAGCAUGGUUCGACCUCAAUGCUCCACGGCCUCCUUACACACCUGAAGCUCAUGGACACCUUCGAGAAGGCACAAAACUCCACACUCCUGGCUAUGACCGACGAUGCGAUCAUCUAUCUCGCAAAAUGGGGCCUGAAUCUCACCUCCAUGGACCCAGACAUCGCCAGGGGAGUCUUGCAGUACCAUUUCUUAGAGGGCUCUUACCUCUCAUCGGCUCCCGCACUUCAUACAGAGACCCAGCUAGCCCAGUCGUCACUCAAACCAUCCUCAGGCUUAACAAACAUCUCCAAGGGGGCCGUCGUCAAGUUGACAGCGACCUGCGACGGCUCACACAAUCUACGCGUGGAGUCUGGCGACCAGAAAAUCGUACACACAGUCGACACGGACAUUCCCCACACCCACGGCGUCAUUCACACAAUCAACCAGGCUCUGGUAGUCCCCCGUAGUCUGUCAGAGACAAGCAGCCUGGGAGAACUCGACGUAUUCUGGAACGUAGUCACCGAGUCCCGCAUGGAUGGUGUACUCGAGAAGCUCCACGACGCAACCGUUUUCCUCCCAAGGAACAAGGCCGUCUGGAGAGGACGCUCGAAGCUAGAAUCGCUCGAUGACAAGGCACUAGAGACGCUCAUUAAAGACCACGUCGUCCCGGACCACGUCUUGUUCCACACAUCUUUCCCGCAAGAGCCGAGGAUGGUGACGACAAUGAGCGGCAAGAAGAUUUCCAUCAGCGGCGAUUCCAAGGGGCGCAUCUUUGUUAAUCACAAGAUGGUGACGAUGCAGAAUGUGCUCAUUAGCGGUGGGGUUGCUCACAUUGUCGAUGAGCUGCUGUCACCGGAGACAGAUCCUGACCAUGACUUACCUCCUGGCACCAUUGGAGCUCCUUGGGGAUUACGUGAAGACAUUGCCCGGGCUGUCGUUGGGCUCACUGUUAUUUCAGGUGUCUUCAUCAUUGGUAUUAUCAAAGCCGUUAGAUGGCGAGCCGCCAAGAGGAAGGCCUUUUUGCAUUAUGAGCCCCUGCCAACCACGCCCAGCGUGGUUUGGGUGGUGCCCAAAUAA